UUGAGACCGUGAGGGCGCAGAGCAGCGCCGCGGAGCGCACAGGCUUACCCGGGGAGAAGACACCUGUUACUGACGGAGCAAGUGGACAAAGACGUGUGUGUCUCCUUCUGUAGUGCGACAAACCUGACUGCACCUACUCCACACGCCCACACAUCCCACUGUCUUGUGGGACCAUGUGGGUUCUUGAUAAGAUCCGUGGGUCGGUGGAGACCGGCGUGCUGCGUCAGGGGGAGAACGGAGACAAGAAAGGCGUCGCCUACAGCAACGUUCUCACCCCCGACAAGAUCCCAGACUUUUUCAUUCCUCCAAAGCUGGUCAGUGGACCGCCAGAACCUGACAUUCACAACGUAAAGCCCAAAGAAGGACUCCAACCCUCAACUUCAGAGCAAAUUAUCGGCAGUGGGAAGAAGAUCAGCAGCCCAAGAAGUCCACGCCUGGUAUCCAAGAUUGCAGGAGACACCAAAAACUUGCUGAGAGCAGCAAACCGUCACAUUAUACAGAUAGAGAGUGCCGAUGAUGUUGGAGACACCAAUGCAGACCCUGGGUCGCAGACAGCAAUGUCCCUGCCUUAUGUACCCAAGACUCAAACACCUUAUGGCUUUGCAACCCUGAAGGAAAGCCCCCACACUCGCCGUAAAGAGUCACUUUUCCACUGCGAGCAUACCAGUCCUAUCACCUCCCCAAACCCCCAGAGGAAGACCCAGGGGAGAAGCAGCGACGGGGGAAACCACCUGAACCCAGGUGACUUCAACACUUCUCACAUGAAUCCGUAUCGGUACUUCAGCGGAGGGGAAAGUGACACCUGCUCCUCAGCUGAGUCCUCUCCCUUCAGCUCUCCCCUGCUCUCCCGCUCUGCCUCCCUGCUCAAGAUCUUCACCCACGAGACGCAGGCCAAAGUCGGGAAGGUCAAGCGGACGUUCGCUCGCCACAGCUCCCUCUCCACCGACGAGUGCAGCUCUGCCGAGCCCAGCCCCAACAUCCAGCGACGGCUCCACGUCCCCUCAUUGCACGGUGCCGGAGCGUCAGACCACGGGCUCCAUCAGGAGCACACCAUCAACCUGCACAAAGGCGGGACGGUGAGGAUCAGCGCCAAUUACGAUUCCAGCACCUCCCGUCUGCUCAUCCGGGUCCUGGUGGCGGAAAGUCUCUACGACAAUCACUUUGACAUCAAGAGCAUCAACUGCUGCGUGUCCGUCUACCUGAACCCGGGCAAGCUGCAGAAGCAAAGGAGCAACAUCAUCAAGAACAGCCGCAACCCGGUCUUUAACGAAGACUUCUUCUUUGACUCGAUAAGCUUGGUUCAGGUGAAGAACCUGUUAGUGAAGUUCAAGGUGAUCAACAAAGGCACCAGCCUCAAGAGGGACACCCUGCUGGGAGAGCGAGAGGUGCCUCUACCCAAGCUGCUCUCAGGGGUUUAAAGCCACAGGACCCGGAGGUCAAAGGAGGCAAAAAAACAAGGAAUGAAACUUAAAUUUGAUGCUUGCACUGGUUUCUAUUCAAACUGCUCUUUUUAUUCCAAUAGAUGAAAACAGUGAACAUUACAAUGAAGGUGGAGGUAGUGGAAUAUUUUCCUAGAAGGAAAGUGAGUCUUUUUUUUUUUCUUUUCUUUUCUUUGAGAUCUAAAAAUGUCAAAAAUGAACAUGUUGAUGUAGCAUACGUGAACGGAUGAAGGAUUCAUGGUGGUAAAGGCUUGCCUCGUUCUAUCUCCCAAUAAUGAAAGCUCAUUAAACCAAGCCGGGCUCGACAGCAACAGAUGAACUCGACAGAUGAAAGGUUUUUUUUCUGGACAGCCAACUUCCUCAGCCCGGUCAGGUUCAAAGGUUUGACGACACCUGUGCAUCAGCCUGUCUCGGUAUCCUUGCCUGGACUGUGUUCGUCAUGUGUGGCAUGGUUUUAUUAUUGUAAUGUGGCAUAAAUCCACAGCAGCACAGGAUGUGAUUCGACAUUACCUACACCGUGUGUUCCGCACAAAGAUGCUUUUGUAAAUCAGUGCUUUGAAGUGGCAAUACAUUCUAAUGUGCAAAUGACCCUUUGAUCCCAGUUGCCAUGGCCCACUCCUACAGGGGAGGGCGAGGGACAAACAGAGCAGCCACAAUAGCCACAUUUACAUGCACAUCAAAAAUGCAAAGUCUUAUGAAUGCCAUUAUCCGAUUAUGUCAGUCUAAUUAUAUUCUUAAUAACAGAAAGUAGAACUGCAGUAACAUAUGUGCUGCCAAAAUCUCUACGUUUUGUCUGUAAUUUAGAACAAUUGAACGUUAAAGUAAAAGGUGUCCUGUGGAAGUUUCUAGUAAACAAAAAAAAAUAAUUUAAUAUGUACUUAAUUGCCGUUUGGUUAAAAUCUCUUGAGCCUUUUGAAGGACGUGUGGACGUUCCAGCUGCAGUGUGUCAGGCAUGCCCCCAUCCAGUGUGGGCACCUUGAUUAAAUUCUGUGCAACUAGGCAACAAGCUCUCGCCACAUCUUCGCUCUGCAUUCAGACCGGUUGGCGAUACCUCUGUGUUAUUCUGCACAGAUUCUCAAUUCCAAGAACAACCAAGACGAUUGUUUUUAGUCGGUCACACAGCUUCAGUCAAACAUGUCAAAUCUGUCUUACUAACAUUUGUUUUGAUGAUGCACCUAAAGAAUAGCAUUUAACAGAUUUCACUGCUUUUUGGUUCAUUUUGAUAGCAGUGGGACAAGAAACAAAGUGAUUAAAAGUCACACUUUUACUGUGUAAUCAAAUUAAAAAACGCAUCCAUCAUGUUAACAGAAUUUAAUAGUCCUCAAUUUAUGCAACCAGGCUGCUGCCUUAGUCACAGUAUUGGCAGUGGACAAAUACAUGCAUGUACAUUUCUUAAAUGUCUCAUAUAAGAACAACAGAGCACUGGUGUGAUCCAGAUGCAUGGCAUGACUAUGUCACUGAGUUACUGGUGUUUGCAUGACAUGCUCAAAGUUUUAUGAAACCCUAAAGCCUUACUGUGUGUGUGUGUGUGUGUGUGUGUGUGUGUGUGUGUGUGUGUGUGUGUGUGUGUGUGUGUAUGUGUGAGAGAAAGAGAGAUAGAUAGAAAGAAAGAGUGUGUGUGUUUUGAUUAGCAUGACAUUUUGUCCAAAGUAGUUGAUUUUCUAUGUAAGACGUAGUAUUUUGUUAAAAUGCUUUUGAGUGGGUUGAAAUGUGUGUUGGAUUUGUACUGUAUAUUACUACAUGUUUACUAGUUUCUACAAUUGUCAGCAAAAUGCCAAUUAUGCACCAACGAGUGAGCAGUGCUGAUGAGAGGCAUUUUAAUUAUGUCUGUUUUAACUUAAUGAAGCCCAGGGGGAAGAGGUGGAAAUGUCAGAAAGAAAUAAGGAAAACAAUAUUGUGUUUUGACAUGAACAGCAGCUCUUGCCUCGGAGGAGAGCGACUACAGACAUAAAAGAAGUUCGAGACAUAAGAGUGAUGCUAAUUACUGAGGUGUCUUACACACUGCCCCAUUUUACUUCUGAGAGGAUUACUAUCACCUGGUGUUUGUAGCUCACUUGUAGCACUGUUCUUGAUGUGCUCUAUAUCCGUUAUAUACAGUGAUACUGCUGGUUGGCUUUGUUAUGGUGUGAAAGUCAGUAAACUGUUGUAACCCCUGUUGCAAACAUACAGUGCCUGCUCGUAGAGUUAUUGUAUUUUCUACUCAAGCUUCCUAAAUUGUACUGAUCGCUGUUGUUACCAAACCCUUUCUGAGGUUUCUUCAAGCAUGAUUAACAUACUUCAGUAGUGUCAGUAAUGACUUUCAGUGGAUUCAUAUUGUGCAGUGGUGGGUCGCCUUGUGCUCUGAUUCUAGAUGAGGAUUUCCUGCCGACACAAAUGUUUAAAAUAAGACAUCUGAAAUAUAGGCGACGUGUUCUGCAAACUGUGUCCUAUUGUUUUGAAUAACUAAUUGCUUUGACUGUUUUCAUGUGGCUUAUCAUUUAAUAGAAAUGCAGGAAGAAAAAAAAACAAUAAAAAAAUAUACCACUUCAGGCCAGGACUUGUCACAGAUUCAUAUUCUGCAAAUGGUGGAAAGUUGGGCCCCGUGUCUGAAUAGAACGACUUUAUAGCAUAUCUGAAGACUUGUAAUAUAACUGUUAGACUUUUGAGCUUUUUUUGUUGUUGUUAAUUUAGGGCAUUUCUGCCUUUAUUAGAUAAGAAAGCUGAGAUAUGAAAGGGUGAGAGAGAGGGGGGAUGACAUGCAGGAAAACCAUCAGAGUCAAACUCUGGACCUUCCAUGUCAAGGAUUAAACCUCUGCAUAUGUGUGCCUGCUCUACCCGCUGAGCUAACCGGCCACACACUUUUGAGCUUUAACAAAAGUUUUUCUUUGACUUUCUUUCUUUUGCCUAAAGAUUACAAAUCUUUGACAAGCAACCAGUUUUGGACUCCUGUCUCUGAAUGGUUUCAGAAAAGGCAGAAACCAAAGACGAAAAUGUAGGCUUUGCAUUUCACAUUUAACAACAGAGCACCAUAAAGUUGCAUUACUUUUUGCUGUCAUGAAUAGGGGACUUAUUGAAUUGGUUUGUGCACUUUGUAUUGCUCUUGUGGUGGAUUGUGAGCUCAGCUGGAGGCUUCUCUCUAACAGAAAUAUAUUGAGCAUUAAGCGGUGAUAAGUCCUGACAAGACCCCUUAAAUGUGUUUUUGAGGUAGUCACAAAACAUUUUUUGUUUUUGUAAAAUGUAAACACUCUUCCCCAUUUAACUAGUAGCUUUGCUAGCCAGCGAAUGGCCUCAAAAUUGUUGGAGAGAUUAAAAAUGGGAAGAUAACUAUCGGGGAAAAAAUAGGUGUUGUCAGUGGAAACUAUGUAGUUGCUACCUAAUUCAUAUAAAGGGGUUAUUCUCUGUUUUUAUUUCUACUUCCAUUAGUCUAGGUUUAGUCUCCUGCUACCAUUAGCAUGUUAGCCUGUUAUGUUAGAAGUGUAGCUGAAACUGAAGGAAAUUUUAUUUGGUUGUUUUCACGGAAUAGGUAAAACUCACUUUUUUACCGAGAGUUAGAUGAGAAGAUAGAUACCACUCUCAUAUAUGUAAGCUACGUAAAUACUGAGCUAGAGCCAGGAAGCGAUUAGAAUUAGCUUAGCGUAAAGAUGGAAGAUGGUGUGAAAUAGCUACCUUGUCUGACUCAGAAGUUAGUGAAAACAAUACGCCUACCAGCACCUCUAAAGCUGAUUAAUUAACGUGUUAAAUUGCAAUUGUUUAAUUUAUACACAAAACGAAAUGCAACAAUGAUAAAUUGUGGUUUUAUGGGGAGUUAGGCCUACGUACUGUUACUAGUAGCAACCAGUGCCGUGACUUAGCAAACUAUUCUUUUAAAGGUGACAUACAUAAGUCUUAGACAAGUGGAAAUAUUGACCUGUUGGUGGCGCUAAAUAAAAUGUCAGCUGACCUCCAAAAGCAAUCAGGAUUCUCCCUUUGAGGAUCAUGAAUAUGUGUACCAAAUGUUAUGGCAAUUCAUUCAAUAAAUAUUUCACCCUGGACCACCAAGUGUUGAACCAACAAACAGACAGCAACAUACCCAGAAUUACACUGAUCGUGUGGUUAAAAACAAGGUUGGUUAUUUUGGUUGACUUUUGUAUGAUCCACAGAGGAUAACUUUUUAUUCAGCCUGGUGGUGGAAAUCAGUCCUUGUAUCGCUGCACUCAAUAGCUGUUUAAUUAAACAAAGGGCGGAGAGGCUUGACUGAUGACAUUUAAAAUGAGAAUUGAGUAAAGUGUGUGUGUGUGUGUGUGUGUGUGUGUGUGUGUGUGUGUGUGUGUG